AUGCCGCUCGACGCAGAUUACGCCCAGGGCUCUGCCUUUCGAGAUGACCGAUUUGUUGAGCCAGCCUCGUCCAUCUUGGCCGCUCAUUUUGCGCCGCGCGUAGCAACUCAAGGGCAGGAGCCGCAGCGAUUGUCUCGGGAGGCGUUCUCGCAGCUCCGGCAAGAGCUUCUGAGCGAAAGAUCGACCCAGAUCCGUUUAGACGACGGGGUCACUGACAUCAACAAGCUUAUAUGUAUUGUUCUUAAGGCGGGGUUGGAGGUGAGUCUCUCUGACAGUGGUCCAGAGGUGGAUGUGGAGGGCCAGAUCCUGGACUGUCUGGAGAUCAUUCAUGUCAGCAUCGACAAAGCACCUCAAGCGCUCUGGGAUCGUGCAGAUCCGACAAUACUGGGCGAAGAGGUACAGGCCCCUCUGUACUCUUGGUUGAGUCUCCGCUUGAUCAAGCUGGCUUGUGCGUGGCAUGCCGAGGCAGUUCAGGAAAAGGUGCACUCCAUCUUCGUCAGUCUGGCCUGUGUGCAGUAUAAGAGUAUUCGCUCCUCGCCUGCAAGCUACGGUAUCUCUGCAUUUCUACGAGCUUGCGCGUUGGACAUCUUGUCCGCCAUAGAGGGUGUUUUAGAUAUGGAUAUACGUGGCUUCCGCCCAGUCAGAGUAUCCAUACCCUCCAAGACUGGAACUUUGCUGGUAGACAUGGAUGAUCUGAACCUACCGCGUAAUCUUUUGAAUCGAAGCUUUGUCCUUGGGACUUUCACCGAGGCAGCCACCCUGGUCAUGAUUUUGUUAAAAUCACUGAAUCCUAGCACGUCAGUGCGAGAACCCACUAAGCAGCAGUGCCUUCUCCUCAGACAGAACUUGCCUUGGGCAUUGAGUGGAUACCACCGGCUUCGAAGAGUGCUUUUACGAGAGUAUGAGACUUCGGACCCAAAAGCCGCAUCCGAGGGACAGUCAUUAAUCACGCAGUGUCUAUGGAAUACGUAUCAACUCUGUGCUCCAUCAUCAUCAAAAGCAGCUGUCAUUGCUGGCGUGGAUCUGUUCGGUGCAUGGGCUCAGUGCCUUGCCGACUUUCUUCCUGCCAGUCGGUUUCCCAGCUUGGCCGCUCUACAAUUCGACUUGAGCCAAUUCCUAGAUGAGUUUUCUCAAGUGAUCGAGCAAUCAACAUCAUAUCUUCCCCAGUUGGGGGAUUUACUUUUGCCGGUCCUGAGCGACAUCGAGAUACAAGGCUCGGACCAUAAGCCUCUCGAUCAAUGUCUCUUGAACUCCGUGCACGGUCUCCGCACUCAAGUGCUCGAAAACGCAUCGAUCGCCCUUAAACGGCCUGUUUCAUUAAAACCUGGUACAGAACCUGGUACAAAACCUGGUACAGAACCUGGUACAAAACCUGGUGCAGAACCUGGUCAAAUUGACCCCCUUCAAGAAACGCCGAUUACAGAGCCAGUGCUGGGUAAACAGAGUGACGAGGCACGGCCGUCCAAGCGGUUGUGUCUUUCUGCUGAAGAUUCCGGUGCGGACUUGAAAAGUGCUCUUUUGAACAAGAUUGCAGCAACGUUGCGUUGCGGCUCAACAGCCACUUUGGCAGAGCUCAAUAAAGCAGCGCAGCAAUCCUUCGAAGGAGUCUCGGACGACCAAAGAAUGGAUUUUUUGCAGGAUUUUGGCAAGCUCUCAUGCGCAGCUGCAGGCACAUUGGUGAAAAAUCACUCAGACUUUGUCUCGAAAGACGCUUUCCUAUGCUCUCGAUGCGAUGUUGACGAGUCUGGAGUCAAUCAUGUCGUAGAAACAGAACUGGCUAGCUACGAAGAUCUUUGGAAUAUUCUAAAUUUCAUCCUUCCCCGACUUUCUCGCACCCCCGGCCCUCGAAUCGCUGCGAUGAUUGCGUUGAGACGCGUUCUCCUUCAUUCUCCAAAUCUGAAACCUCUGCACUUCUCCUCGUCGGCGGCGGGAGAAUUCUGCCUGCAUUCACUGCGUAGCUCGCUUCGUGAGCUUCGAGUCGCAACCUCAUCCUCAAUAGUCGCGUUCGUGCAGCCGGGCUUACCCGUGGACCUUCGCCGAGCAAAUUUCGUAACCGUGCUGGAAGUGUUGAGAAAUCUUUCCGAGAAAAAUGACGUGCCUCUUCAAGAAGCGUGCAUUUUGACGCUCUGUCGUCUUGCAAGCACCCCGGACGAUGACGAGAAGCACAUCAUUUUGUUGCGUUUGCUGGAAUACCUCGGUCAUUCGAAUCCCUACAUUUGUGCGGUGGCAUACAACGAGCUUUCCAAACUUGCACAACGAUUCUCUCUUACACCUGCUGCUUUGUUCCGACCCUACUGGCGCACCCUCUCGGUGGCGGUGGUCAAAAAUCUUCAGACUCGCCCGCACAUGGCUGAGCAAUUGUGCGAGCUUUUGGGUAUGAAGGUCGAUGGCUUCUUGCGACUUACAGAGGUUCAUGUGCUUCCAUAUCUCGUCUUGACAAGGAAAAAAGACAUUAUCUGCAGAAUCGGUGCAAGUCGCAAUGAGGGAGAGUCGCCUUUUGAUGUGUGUUCUGAGAAGAACAACCUUGCAGCAAUAUUAUCUUUCCUUCUGGCCCAGCAAUCCGAUGAUCCCGAAGCGAUGAUCAUGUCGCUUCUUUCGGAUAUCGAUCCAGCAUUCAAAGGUCGAUCGUUGGCGGAAUUGGUUCGAAUCGAGCCUAUUCUGAUUGCAUGCGAUCUUUUAAAGAGCCUCGGGGAUGCUGGGGAACACAAUAAGGAACGAUUUCUGCAAGCCCUUCAUCGACUCGCUACGUUUGUACCUAGAAAGUUCGUUCAUGCGACUUCUUCUAAGCAGGCGGACCUUCUUAGUUACUUCAUCGAGGAGCAUGUUCUAGGUAUCAUCACGCAAUUCGCAAACGCCAUUAACGAUUUCCAGGUUCGGCAGACACUAGCAGAAAAACGCCGGAAUCUGAAGGCUAUCGAGGAAAUGAUCCAGAUUGCUCAGGGCCAUGUGAACAAUGCUCUGCCACAAGUGUGCGCCUGUCUGAGGUCUGCGCUUGAGAUCGAUGAGCUAUGUGACCAGGCAUUCUCCGCCUGGAAAACCCUGAUCCGCUCUUUGAGCGAGGAGGAUAUCGAGCCCUUGAUUGAUCAGACUUGGGCAAUCGUGAUCAGAUACUGGGAUAAUCUGACUGAUGACAGCAGGAAGCAGGCUUCUCAAUUGAUAGACCACAUUCUUACGAAUCAGCCGAACCUUGUGCGGGACACUUUCAAUACCAUGCCUUCGCUUGUUUCUAUCUCCGAGCUAGCCGAUUUCGAGACGAAAAUUGGUGAGCUGCGUGCUGAAAUGGAUGUUCGAAGCAAAUUUCUCGCGCUCAUCCGUCGUUGUCAGAGCGAGAACUCGACGGUCCUCGAGCAAGCACUCAAAGAAUUAUUGCCCUUCCUUUCUGAAAACGAAGAAUUCUUGCAUAUCUCUGUCCUAAGUGAGCAGCCUGAUCCAGUUGUCGCUCAGCUAACCCGAGCUUUGUUGGAUUGCUGUGUGAAGUUCAGUAUCAUUUCCGAUUCGAUCACAUUGCUCUCGUCUCAAUGUUUGGGACUUAUUGGCUGCUUGGAUCCAAAUCGUGUGGAGACAAUCAAGGAAAAGAAGGACAUUCUGGUCUUGUCGAACUUUGACAGGAUGGAAGAAACGGUCGAGUUUAUUCUCUUCUUUCUUCAGAAUGUCCUAGUUGAAGCUUUUCUCUCGGCAUCCAACACGCGAGCUCAGGGGUUCCUUGCCUAUGCUAUGCAAGGAUUGUUGAAGAUAUGCAACCUCAACGCAGCGGUUACCCAGCGAUCUCGUGACGUGCAAGGUGAUGAGAAAUUCAGCAAGUGGAUGGAACUCCCUGAAAGCGUGCGCAACACAUUGACUCCCUUCUUGACUUCAACCUACACCGUCACUGUUGUCGCCACAACCUCCAAAGUGACGUACCCGUUGUUAUCCACUGGAAUGACUCACAGUGAAUGGCUUCGAAGUUUGGUGCAGGACUUACUUCAGGCCGGCAGCGGUGACAAUGCGAAGCUUAUAUUUGCUGUUUGCAGUCGUGUUGUCAAGGGGCAAGAUAUCUCAAUUUCUUCGUUUUUGUUCCCCUUCGCUGCAUUGAAUCGCAUCGUUGGGGGCACCGAUCAGGAGCAGCAGGACCUUCAGCUUGAGCUGGUCUACGUUCUCUCCCAUCCUCUGCCCGAUGUGAACAACAGCUUCCGGGAGACUAUCAUCAGCUGCAGUCAGAGUGUUUUUGAAGUGCUGGACUACCUCACAAGGUGGCUACAAGGCAAGAAGAAACAACUCAACGCCCUCAACAUUCAAUCUCAUUCAUCAAAUCGUUCGCAUAAAGAUCCUGGGCGUGACUCGCUUCUUGACAAAUACGCUUCGCAGAUCAAAUCUGUUGAGUGGUUGCUUGCUUCAAUUCCACCGGAGAUUAUUUCGACAAGGGCCGUUGAAUGUAGGUCAUUCUCACGAGCUCUCUUUCACUGGGAACAGUAUAUCCGUCGAGUGAACUCUCCUUCAGCAUCUCAGACCACGUCCGCGGCCACAUCCGAACAGCUUUAUGAGAGGCUACAGGACAUUUACAGUCAGAUAGACGAACCUGAUGGAAUAGAGGGCAUCUCGAGCCACCUCUCUGCGCUCAGUAUUGAUCAGCAAGUACUUGAGCAUCGAAAGGCAGGACGAUGGGCGACCGCACAGAGCUGGUAUGAAUUGGAGCUUGAGAAGGAACCCAACAACAUAGACGCCCAAUGGAAUCUGAUCACUUGUCUGAAGGAGUCUGGCCAACAAGAUGCGAUUGUCACACGGUUUGAGGUUCUCAAGCAAUCUGAGCCGGCUUCGUCCCGGCUCUUGCCUUUCGCAGUCGAGGCCUCGUGGAUCACCAGCAGAUGGGAUAAACUGGAGAGCUACCUCGAGCUCACACAGAGAGAUGGCAGUGGUGACUUCAAUGUUGGCAUUGGGUCGGCGCUGAAUGCUCUGCGCCGAAAGGGAUCGUCCGCUUUCAUCGAGAUUAUCAACGAGCUCAGACUGAGCGUGGCAAAGUCAUUAACGAAUAAUUCGGUAACCUCACUGCAAUCCUGUCACGACGAUAUGCUUCGGCUCCAUGCUCUUGCCGAUGUGGAAGCUAUAGUUCGCGCAGGGCCUGACGGUGCUCAUGCGUCCAAAGAUUCUUUGCUAGGCACUCUGAAUCGGCGUCUGAAUGUACUGGGAGGUUACCUUGCCGACAAACAAUAUCUUUUGGGCCUUCGACGAGCAGCGAUGGAACUUGCCGGCGGUUUCGGGAGCUCAGAAAUUUCGGCUGCCUGGCUCACGAGUGCUCAACUUUCAAGAAAAGGCAAUUUUACGGGUCAGGCGUACCAUUCAAUGCUGCAUGCCGCGCGCUUAAAGGAUCGAUCUGCCACCAUUGAACAUGCCAGGCUUCUGUGGAAAGAUGGACAUCAUCGAAAGGCGAUUCAGACCUUGGAAGGUGCUAUAGCGUCAAACGAAUCAAGCGCUGCCAACCAAUCUGUAGACUCACAGACGGCGUCAUUCUUGUCGGGGCGUGGCAAGGGUCAAAAUGAAACUGCUGCAGUGGCUCACCUCAUGCUCGCGAAAUGGACUGAUCGGGCUGGACAAACACACACACAGGCUAUUGUUCAGCGUUAUCGUGCGGCUAUCAAGCUCUAUCCAAAAUGGGAGAAGGCGCAUUACUACCUGGGGAAACAUUACAACAAGAUUCUCGAGCUAGAGAAGAUGAAACCCAUGGGCAAGGAAGCGCAAAUCUAUCUGAGCGGAGAGGCAACGAAACUUGUCAUAGAGAACUAUCUUCGAUCUCUGACGUAUGGCUGCAAAUAUGUCUUCCAAACUUUGCCGAAAAUUCUAACUCUCUGGCUGGAGCACGCUGCUGUAGCAGGCCAGCCUAUUGAUCCAAAGAGAGGCAGUAACGAGGAAUUCCAGCAACAUACCCAUGCGCAGAGACUUAAGAGUCUCGACGAGAUACACAACCAGUUGAGAAAAUAUAUUUCCUCACGCCUUCAAGCUUUCUUGCUCUUCACCAUCUUGCCUCAGGUCGUUGCGCGUAUUAGUCACCGUCACCCUACGGUAUAUGACCUUUUGACGCGAAUGGUCACCAAAGCCGUCCAAAGCUACCCCCAGCAAGGUCUAUGGACGGUUCUCGCUGUUGUGAAGUCAUCAAAUCGAGAUCGAGCGCUAAAGGGACAAGCAUGUCUCACCAAAAUCCAAGAAUACAACAGCAAAGUCAAAAAAGAUAACACGCCUGAGAUUCGUCGAAUGAUUCAACAAGGCCAGAGAUUCUCCGACGAACUUCUUCAGCUCUGUCUCGCUCGUGUGGAGGACCGAGUCUCGAAAGUCAAUCUUGCUCGCAAUCUUGGAUUUAAUCACAAAGUUGCCCCUUGUCGACUAGUAGUGCCUUUCCAGGCUAUGUUAAUCCCUAGUUUGCCUGUCAGCCAUGAGUCCGAGCACUUGAAAGGGUUUCGUCCGUUCCCCCGAGACCCGACCACUAUUGAAGCUGUUCUUGAUGAAGCGCAGGUUUUGAACUCUCUUCAGAAGCCACGCAAGAUCAGCAUCCGGGGCUCCGACGGAAAGAUUUACAAUGCUCUUUGCAAGCCCAAAGAUGAUCUCCGGAAAGAUCAACGUUUGAUGGAAUUCAACAAUAUGAUCAACCGCUUCUUGAAGCGAGAUGUCGAGGCAAGCAAGCGACGGUUGUAUAUUAAAACGUAUGCCGUAACUCCAUUGAACGAGGAAUGUGGUAUCAUUGAAUGGGUCGACAAUCUUCGCACAUUGAGAGAUAUUAUCGUCAAGCUUCUUCGCGAGCGAAGAAUCCAAGCCAACUACACCGAGAUCAGGCAUUAUCUCGAUGAGAUCUGCGCGGACAAAACAUUCUCGAAGAUCUCUCUCUUCGAUACUAUGAUCCUAUCCAAGUACGAGCUCUACUUUCCCGAUUGUCCAUUUCAGCUGAGGUCGAAAACUGUGGCACUGACCAUCUUCAGGCUUCCACCUGUUCUUUACGAAUGGUUCGUCGAAAUGUUCCCCGAGACAGAGUCUUGGUUUACAGCUCGACUACGAUACACACGGUCCACUGCGGUAAUGUCGAUGGUCGGAUACGUCCUUGGGCUCGGUGAUCGCCAUGGCGAGAAUCUUCUGUUUGAAGAAGGCACAGGCGGUAUUCUCCAUGUGGACUUUAAUUGUCUUUUCGACAAGGGUCUAACCUUUGAGAAACCCGAGGUGGUCCCAUUCCGCUUGACCCAUAACAUGGUAGAUGCAUUCGGUGCCUAUGGGUAUAACGAGACUUUCCUGCAUGACCCGACAACGGAUUUCAUUGGAAAGAGGCGUCGUACCCAUGCAAACGUCCCCGAUACACCCGCAGGAGUCUUGGAGGGCGUCCGCGACAAAGUUCGUGGAUUCAUGUCCAAGCAGCCCAUUCCGUUGUCUGUCGAUGGACAAGUUGAUGAGCUCAUUGUGCAGGCCACUGACAAGAGGAAUCUUGCAUCGAUGUAUGUUGGGUGGUGUUCGUUCUUCUAA